CUUUCAAAUUUCUUUUAAAUUUUACCAACACAAACAUGUCUCAAGCUCCAAGUUUCUUGGAUUCAAACGAUCGAAUUUUCACUUUUGUGGUAAGAAAUGGAAAUGGCGUCAAAGGCAUGGUGGAUUCAGGACUACUAUUAAACGUACCACAACGGUACAUACAACCUGAACAUGAAAGAAUACACAAUCUAAACGUACCGUCUUAUGAUAAUCCGCCGAUUGAUUUAUCGAAACUUAACGGUCCUAACCAUGACGAAGUAGUGGACGAAAUUUCCAGAGCCGCGGAGGCUUUCGGGUUCUUUCAAGUGGUGAACCAUAGCGUGCCUAUCGAGCUGCUCGAGUCACUUAAGGACGCGGCUCAUAAUUUCUUUAGCCAACCGGCUGAAAAGAAGGCGGUCUAUCUUAGCGGUGUGAGCCCUAGUCCGUUGGUGAAGUAUGGUACAAGUUUUGCGCCGGAACAAGAGAAGGCAUUGGAGUGGAAAGACUCUCUUAAUAUGGUUUACACUAAUGAUGAUGAAGCACUUCAAGUUUGGCCUCAAGAAUGCAAAAAUGUCGCGCUGGAAUAUAUUAAAACAUCAAGUAAGAUGGUGAAGGAACUACUAGAAGCUUUAAUGGAGAAGCUAGGAGUGAAAGUAGAUGAUGCAAAAAUUGAAGCAUUAAUAGGGUCGAAAAUGGUGAACAUGAACUAUUAUCCGACAUGUCCGAAUCCCGAGCUCACUGUCGGUGCCGGCCGUCACUCCGAUAUGGGAACCCUAACUGUUUUACUACAAGAUGGCAUUGGUGGUCUCUAUGUUAAAGUUGAAGAAAAUAUUGAUGGCAAGAAAAAAGGGGAAUGGAUGGAAAUUCCACCUCUCCAUGGUGCUUUGGUCGUCAACAUCGGAAAUGUCCUGGAGAUAGUGAGUAAUGGAAAGUAUAAAAGUGCUGAGCAUAGAGUGCGGACUACAAGCACAAAAUCAAGAGUUUCAAUUCCAAUAUUCACCAUUCCAAAAGGAUUGGAAAAAAUUGGACCGUUGGAUGAAGUGGUGAAGAACGAUGGGGUGGCUAAUUAUAGAGAAGUGGUAUUUGAAGAUUAUGUCAACAAUUUCUUUAGCAAUGCCUAUGAUGGAAAGAAAUCUCUUGAUUUCUCAAGGAUCUAUUAGCUUUUCUUAACAAAACUAUUUAGGUUAAUCACUCAAAAUACUGAAUUUUUUUAUUUUUUAUUUUUAAUCCAGUCUUUUAAAAACGUUAUGUUUAUUUUAAUUUUAUAGAUAUAUUUUUUAAAUGAAUUAUAGCUAAUUAGGCUAUUUAUUAAA